UGGCGCCGUUACUGUGAAGUUCAAAGGUCCGGACUCCUGUAGGUGUUCAUAAACGCCCAGCACACAUAAAUCAGGCAGUGAGAGGAGCCACUGAUCUAUACUGUAGUUUAAUUUUUACCACAUUUACAAACGCAAUGGCGCGAGUGGAAGUAACCAAUGUGACUGUUUCUCAGGGGCUUCGUAUGCUGUUCAGUUUAAUGACUCCUAAUGAAUCCUCAUUCACGACUGUACAAGAGGUGCCGACAUAUGUCAACCAGGCCACACCAUAUUUCAUUGGUUUGAUAUUAUUGGAGAUUGUUUUGGGAUGGUUAAAGACAGAUGGCCCUCGCAUCAAGAUCAACGACUUCAUCACGUCUUUGUCCGCAGGGAUGAUGUCCCGUCUGCCUCAGCUCAUGAUGAGAAGUUUGGAGCUGUCAGCUUAUAUUUAUGUCUGGAACAACUUCCAUAUAUUGGAGCUUCCCUGGGAUUCAGCUUGGACGAGGUGGCUUGCGUUUCUUGGUGUGGACAUGGGAUACUACUGGUUCCAUCGAUUUGCCCAUGAGUUAAACUUCCUGUGGGCUGCCCAUCAGGUUCACCACAGUUCUGAAUACUACAAUCUGUCGACAGCACUUCGCCAGUCUGUCACCCAGCAGUUUUCCUCAUGGGUGUUUUACCUUCCUUUGGCACUGAUGGUGCCUUCGUAUGUAUUUGCAGUGCACAUACAGUUUAACCUGCUGUAUCAGUUCUGGAUUCAUACUGAGCUGGUCAAAAAUCUUGGACCUCUGGAGUGGAUCCUAAAUACUCCCAGCCACCAUAGAGUUCAUCAUGGGCGAAAUCCAUAUUGCAUCGAUAAGAAUUAUGCGGGAAUUCUGAUCAUAUGGGACAGGAUGUUUGGUACGUUCACUCCUUAGAGUGAUAAAGUUGUCUAUGGGCUCACACACCCAAUCAGCACAUUUGAAAUCUGGACUGUCGAG